ACCGCCGCGCCGACCGCACGUCAUCUCCCGCGUGCUGACGAGAUCGGUAUCGAGUGACAGUUGCAUUGCAGUGAUUGUGUUGCAGGGCUUCAGACCGCGCGCGAAGCGGACCAUGUAGUGAACGUUCACCGGGCGAUACGACAUGGCCGACAUAAUGUGUGAGGAUGUCGGUUACGAGUACGACACGACCAAGAUCCCCGAUAUCGUGACGCCGGACGAGAUGGCGGAGUCGGGCUACCAGGACUCGGAGCGGAGCUUCGGGGAGUGCGAGAAGGGCUGGGCGAAGGACUGGGAGCGCCGGGACUCGAAGGACUUCGAGAGCCAAGGGGACUCAAAGGAGGGCUUCUGCGACUCGGACAGCGGGGUGGACGGCAGCGGCUGCAGCACGGACGACUGCCCCGUGGUGUCCGCCAACGACGUGCUGGCGUACUACGACGUGCGCCCGCGCCGCCGCCGCGCGCCGCCGCUCAACUUUUACCACGUCGAUAUCGAGAGGAUGGCCAUGGACGCUAUUGUUCAGAGCGAAUCGAGCUACACCUCUUCUGAAGAAGGCUGCGGCGGCGAGCGGCACGCCGUGCUGAGCUACGAGCAGGUGCGGCGGCUGAACGACGUGAUGGACGAGGUGGUGGCCAUCCCCGGGCGCGGCAACUUCCCCACGCUGCACGUGCGCCUGCGCGAGCUGGUGGCCGGCGUGCGCGCGCGCCUCACCGCCGCGCAGGUGGACGGCGGCGCCGGCGUGGCCGUGCGCGACGUGCGCCUCAACGGCGGCGCCGCCUCGCACGUGCUGGCAGACCGCCCGCAGCCCUACUCCGACAUCGACCUCAUCUUCACCGCCGACCUGCCCACCGCGCGCCACUGCGACCGCGUCAAGGCCGCCGUGCUCGGCCACCUGGCCACGCUGCUGCCGCCCACCACGCCGCGCCGCCGCGCCACCCCAGCCGGCCUCAAGGAGGCCUACGUCUCCAAGAUGGUGCGCGUCAACUCGGACGGGGACCGGUGGUCGCUUAUCUCCCUCGGGAACUCGCGGGGCCACAAGUCGGUCGAGCUCAAGUUCGUGGACACGAUGCGCCGCCAGUUCGAGUUCUCAGUGGACUCGUUCCAGAUCGCCCUAGACUCCCUGCUCGCGUUCCACGAGUGCGCGCAGCUGCCGAUCGGCGAGAACUUCUACCCGACGGUGGUUGGCGAGUCCGUGUACGGCGACUUCGGCGAGGCGCUGCUGCACCUGUCGGAGAAGCUGAUCGCCACGCGCCAGCCGGAGGAGAUCCGGGGGGGCGGCCUCCUCAAGUACUGCGCGCUGCUGGCGAAGGGCUACCGGCCCGCGCGGCCGGACAAGAUCAAGAUCCUCGAGCGCUACAUGUGCUCGCGAUUCUUCAUAGACUUCCCGGAACUCGGGCAACAACGUGCCAAGCUGGAGGCGUACCUGCGGAAUCACUUCGUGGGGCGGGAGGAGGAGGCGCUGAAGCAUAGGUACCUGACGCUGCUGCACGGCGUGGUGCGCGAGUCGACGGUGUGCCUGAUGGGGCACGAGCGGCGGCAGACGCUGGCGCUGAUCGCGGGGCUGGCGUGCCGCGAGCUGUGCGCGCGCGCCGUACUGGUGCCGCUGCUGCCGCCGCCGUACGUGGUGUGCGUGUGCGCGUGCGCCGCGUGCUGCCCGCAGCCGCCGCCGCCCCCCGUCUGCGACUGCUGCCCGCCGCCGCCCCCCGUCUGCCCCGCGUGACCCUGCCCCCUCCUCUCAUGAAUUUAGUGCCAAAUGUAUAUAGUGUAGCGCCGCGCGGCCGACGUCAAUUGGAUCGAUUCGAUUCUCGUCAAUUGGGGAGCGACUCGCCCGUCCGCUCCGUCGGGGCGGGGGAUAAUUUCUAGUCGUACUCCUUUCGUGUUGAUACAUUAAUAUGUCAGCAGUACGAAAAUUAUUUUCGCGGCCCGACGGACGCGACGGAGUCUGUCAGCCUAUAAAAAGACUAGUUAGUUAUUUUAAGCUUCGGACGUGUAGGUCGUCCCCGCGCCGGAGCGGCACUAGCACUAAGCAGUGAGCAGCACCCGCGGGGCCGCCCCGGCGCCGACGAGCGAGCUCAUCCAUAUUGUAUCCAUGCUGUAAACUAAAUCCAUGUUCGAUCACUUUUUGACUCCGUCGAGUCGCAUUCAAAUAUGGCAUUAUAUCUAUUGUAAGAUUCGAAGUAUAUUUGUAUCGGUUUGAAAACGGUCAGACAACGGUUCCGUUCCUCUAUGAAACUGUAAACAUAUUUUAAUAUUGUUGUUGCUCCGAAAGAUAAUCGUAUCUAUACUCGCCCGGAUGUCGUGAGCGGCCCGAGCUACAAAGUUAAGGUAAAAUAUAAACAAAAAAUAUAAAAUAUUUAAAAAAUCAAAAAAAUGGGGGACGCCUACGACAUCCGAGUCGAUGUUAAUAUAAAACACCAUAAUGGUAAAAUAUUUUAGGAACAUUUACAAGUAGCGAAGUCAUAUAUUAACAGAGUACUUAGAACUUCUCGUAGUCUUCUCAUUACGUCGGUAGAUGUAUGGAAAAUUGUGAUUUAAUUGUUGUAGAUUAUUAUAAUGUUAUCGACGAUACUUACAUAAAAUUAUCUAGAUAAAUUCAAUAGAAUUAUAUAAUAUUGUUGUAUUUUAAUGAUAUAUUGUAGUUAUACGAAUGAGUGUCAACUGUGUCCGGCCAUCUCGUGUAUGUUUUGCCAACGCGUAUUAUUAAAGUAUACAAUGAACUAGAUUCCCCCUUAGUCGAUACGAUGUUAAACUUCGAAGUACAAGUUACACCUCUCCUCUCCCCUCUCUUAAAUCGUCGGAACAAUCUGGCUGCUCCUAUCGAACCAAAAUUUCAGAUCUCAUUUUAUUAGUUUGCAAAAUUUCCUCGAGAAAUCAUUGAAAAUUGUCGCUAGCUUAGGUCGAUUCGCCCAUUUCGUUUACUGUAAAUGUUGUUACUUCACAAAGAUGAUAUUUUUGAUGUCUUUACAUAACCGAUUCGUCGUUUUGAAUGGGCCGAACGAGUCUAGCUUUGUUAUUAUUACAGAACUGAUAAUAAUGAAAUAGAAGAAGUGUACGAACUACCCCCGCCGCAAAUAUGGAAAAAUCACUUAACAUUAGAUUUUAUGGUACAAUCCAUUUCAAUCGCUACAUCACGGUAAUAAAGUUCAUUUACUUGCAAGAGCAUACCCUCAUGAUGUGGCGUCGUCGGCUGCAAACAAAUUGCAACAAAGUUAUCUGUUUCAUUAUUAUCAGUUAUGUGGAUAUUAUCUACAUCUACAAGUAUCGUACUUAUAGUUAAUCGAAGUACAUAAUAGUGGGAUUAACUAUUACAUUAAUUAAGGAAUGAAAUACCGCUUGACUGAGACAGGCGUUAUCCUUCUGACAAGUUUUACAAACUAUUUUGUCACUUUUCUAGACUUUAUUUUGCAAGAAGUAUUCUAUAGGGCUUUUACAACCUGAAUGAAAAAUACAAAUGACUUGCGCUUAGGAAAUUAAGGUUUAUUCUGUAUUUAACUCCAUUUUCAACCCCCGGUCUCAAAAUGACGAUACGUAGAACGGGGUUGAACAUCUGGGUUUUGGAAAUAUAGGGCUUGAACACAAAAUAAACCGAAAUUAAACAGAAUAGAAUCUGCGUGUAGAAUUGUUCACUGAUGAUCAAAACUUCAACAAAAGAACAUUCAUACAUGCGCAUUCAAUUCCGUUUCCGUUUGUAAGCAUUUAUUCCUUGCCUAGGGGGUCUUUAUUAUAUUGGUCAUAAAAUUGUUUAUAUUUUGAUAUACUAUUUGCAAAGUGAGUCGCCGCUACUGUGAUUGAAUUGCUAUCUCUGUCUCACGACUACCUCCUCUCGACUAUGAAGUCCGUUAUACAAUUUUGAAAUUUUGUAAUUUAUUUCUGAUGUAAGUAGCUCGUCGUAGCUAGGCCGACGUGACGAGGUACCUUUACGAAUUAAAUAGCCAAACGUAUUUUAUGGUCUCACUAUAACCGUUAAAGUGAGUUUUUAAGAACUUAAUUUAUAUAAUGGAAAUAUAUUUAGUGUAACGAUUGUAUACGGAUGUCGGUCUAAGUCCUGUAUCUUCCUGUAUAUACGCGGUCGCUUCCAUGUAAACGGUCUAAUUAUAUUUACAGAGAGACAUCGCAGGUAGUUUAGGGUUUUUUUUAUAUUCUGUAGUUACCAUCAGUUUCAGCUAGCCUUACAUUUAUGUUUAUUUUAAUCUUAAUUCGCGAGGCGUUUGUGUGCUUUUUUAAAUUAUCCACCCGUAUCGGUUAAUCUUUUGCAGUAUUUAGUGUUUAGUUCGGAAAUUUCUUACGUUCAGUAAGUUUACGGAGCAUAAUAAUUUUGAAAAAAUCACAAGCGUCGAAAAUGUGCGUUGAUACUUAAAUUGUUCGAGGCAAAAGAAAUUCGACCAAAAAUGAUCAGAGAGUAUAACCUACUUAAAUCAGGAUAAAUGAUAAUAAAGACGGGAUCGAAAUGUUUAAUAACUAUAACAAUUUCACUGAUGCACUCGGUAUAAAUAGAAUAAUUUGAGAAGACACUAAUCUGAAAGCUAAUUACUAAUGUACGUCACAGUACGCUCACAUGAUAAUCUGAUUUAAGAAAUACAUGUAGGUACAAUAAUAAUUAUUGAUCCUUGCUCGGAUUACUGUUGCCUAUCAUUGUACUGGUCGACAGAAUUAUUUAAUCGAUAAGAAACAUGAUUGUUGACUACAAAUACAUUGUUUUCCUUCCUACGGUUUAUAAUGAAUAUUUUCUGCCGCUGAAACAGUCUUUACAAGAGAUGACUUACAAUAAACAUACAAAGAAAUAUACGGGAAAAAAUAUUUGCAGCGUUUUAUCGCUGGCUUAGUGUUUCCUGUUUUUAAACUUCAUAUUUUUUUGUGUUUACAGAAUAACAAUGACGCGAUAAUGCUUCUUAGAAUCGACCCCCUAUCAAUUAUGUUCUUAUCGUUUAAAUUCUCUGUCGACUGGUGUGGUAGCGUCGACAACGGUCAUCGCACGUCGUCGGUUGUCGACGGUACCGUCUAUUGCACAGUCGACAAUGGUCAUUAUGCGACGUCAUGCUGUCGGCUACUUGUGGUAGCUUCGGCAACGGUCGUCGCAUGUUUUCUGAUGUCGUCUGUGUCGACCAGUGUCAACGCGGUGCCUGGGCCCGCUCAUAUGUUUACGCAGUGCCCAGGCCAGCCGACUCUCUAGAUAAGGGGAUGCUAGUAUAAAGCCUUAUGUUGUAUAAGAUUAUUGAAUAGUUUUUAUCAAAUAUAUUUACAUUUAUAGUUAUUUUUUCUCUUCCAAGUUGUCUGUUUCGUGGGACAUGCGUGCGAACGCUGUUGUUGGUCUAAUGAACUAUAUAUUUGUGAAGAGUUUUAAGCUAUUGUAAAUUUUACAGAAAAUUAAAUAAAAAAAUGUUGUGAAAAUAAAUUAUAAAAAGUGAUAAACAGUG